UCACAAAGUGGAAAACAGCUCCCCGGGGAAUCUCAAAGCGUUCAAGGAAAAGCAGAGGAUAAAGCCCAGCAAAUAUGAUGAUGCCCCCGAUUCGGAUCCCGAAUCUGACAAGACCUAAACGACGUGAGGUUAAAGCACAUGAAAAGGAAAAUAAUUUAGAUUUGUUAAAAGCUGUGUAUGAUUCAGUGAAAUAUGAUGCCCCAGCAACUGCAACCGCUUGGAUAAAGAGUAAGAAUGAGCUUUUAAAACAAAAGAGCCCAAUGGGCAACACAGUGCUACAUAUAGCAGCCAUGUAUGGAAAAAAUGACUGGGUGGAGAUUGUAGCUAAUGAAAAACCAGACCUUUUGGAUGCCAAAAAUGACAACGGUGAUACAGCAAUGCAUGUUGCUGCAAGAGCAGGACAAAUCUCAACUCUUGAGAGGUUGCUUAAUUUAUUCAUUCCAUUCCAAUAUUAUCAUCCUCUGAAUGAAUUCGUAGAAAAAACCAACGCAUAUACUUCCUUUCACGAGGCCUUAUCAAACCUUUUGGCUGCCUUACCAGUUAGUCUUUAUCAAAUUCUGGAUAAAGUUCUAGAAAAGAACAAGCAAGGAAACACUUUCCUUCACGAGGCUUUAUUAAAUGGUCACAGAGAUGUAAUGGGUGUUCUAAGUUCUCCGGAACAUGAUCAGUUUAAAGCUGUUUUGUUGGGAUUGGUUGAGCGAGUUUGCUUCUUUAUGACCAACAACGAAGGGAAAUCAGUUGUGCACUUGGCGAUUAAGAAAGGUUACGAGGAUAUUGUUGAUCAUGCUUUGACCAAAUUUAUCAGCCAAGACUCUCCAUUGGGCAACUUUAGGAUUGAGAACCACGAUGAAUUUGCCGAAAUGAUCGCGCACCACUUCUACUCUGUUCCAGAUCGAAAACAACCGUUUGAUGAACAGAGUCAAUGGGCAAAUGAUGAUUCGGAAACGGAAUCGUUCGAUACGGAAUUCAGCCGAGACUUUACGAUAGAGGCGUCAAUUGAGAAAUACAAAGAACUGGUGGAAUUGAUUCUGUGCGGCUCCAGUUAUGUACCACCUGGAGAAUCACUGCUUAUUGUGGCAAUUUUAAUAGAACAUGAAGGUAUUUUGGAGACCAUACUGACAAAAAAGAAAGAAUGGAUCCAUUUAAGGGAUGAAAAAGGAAGGACUGCUCUUCAUUAUGCAGCAUCAAUUGGUUACGUAGAAGGUGUUGAGUACUUGCUUAAAAAUUGUAUAUCCUGCAGCAUGGAAAGAGACAAGUUCGAUGGUUCUUUUCCACUUCAUAUGGCUUCUGCAGGAGGGCAUGCUGAAAUCGUAAAGAAGUUGUUAGGACACUGUCCGGUUCCCAGAGAAAUACUUGACAAGAAUGGCCGUAAUAUUGCUCACGUAGCGGCUAUAAGUGGACAGUUUAAGGUGGUACGGUACAUCUUGGAAACUCGUGAACUUGCAAAGAUGAUAAAUGUCAAGGAUGCCAAAGGAAACACUCCCUUGCAUUUGGCCGCUAUGUUUUGCCAUCCCAAAAUUGUGUAUGACUUAACAUGGAACCCGAAAGUGAAACUCCAGUUGAUUAACAGUAUGAAUCAAACAGCUCUUGAUGCAUUUCAGCAAAAUCAACGAGGAAGACCCACCCUUCGGCAGCGGCUAACAUUUAUCGCAUUAAGAUCUGCUGGCGUACGACGUACUCAAAAAGGGUCAUACCUUCUCUCUCCCUCAAUGGAUCCCUUCAAAGACAGAAUCAACACUCUUAUUCUGGUUUCGACCCUUAUAACUACAAUAUCAUUUGCCGCAGGUUUUACUUUGCCUGGUGGCCAUAAUGGCUCUGAUUCAGGACAGGGCAUGGCCCUCAUGGUACAUCGUAUGUGGUUUCAGCUAUUCAUUUUGUGCAUAACAGUAUCAAUGUACGGUUCCAUUAGUGUCACUAUCAUACUCAUUUGGGCUCAGUUGGGAGAAUCACAUUUGGCGCUUCUUGCCCGUGGUGUGGCUAUGCCUCUUUUAGGGAUCACUCUUACAACUCUAUCUGUAGCAUUCUUAGCUGGUGUUCACCUAGUUAUAACUGAUCUCAAUUGGCUGGCCACUACAGUCAUGGUCAUGGGUGUGACUUUCAUUGUCAUGCUUUUGUUACCCUACACUCUUCUCUGGUUCCCCUCAGAUUCAACCUUCCAAGUAAUCCGACACAUUUCUCACUAUCCUUUUUUGUUUCUGACAUGGUUUGCUGAACGCAAUGAAACCAAAGUGAUUUCGCGUCCAUCAUCGUACUUGGUGCCGCCUCUCUCCUACCCCCUAUGAUGCUAGUGAUGCGGCCACCAAACCCUUCUAAUCAGCAACAACAGUAAUGAUAAGUGGAAAAACGCGCAAAAUUGAGAUGCUCCUCUAGAUCUCAACUCUAAGUCUUGGAGAGAGGCACCAUUGGAGAGUUCUCAAUACUUGUGCUUAUAUUUAUUUUGGAUUGUAAUAAACACACCGUUGAUGGAGAGCUGUCACCAUUUAUCAUUAGAUUUAUUUUGGAUUGUAAUAUAUAUAUGUCUGUUUCAGUAGUUUUUGCUUGAACUUUGGUGCUUGAUUUUGAGCUGUUUGACUUGU